ACAGCUUCUGUGUUUCUUUGAGUGCCAGGAAAAACUUUCUCAGCAAAAUUGUCCUUCAUUCUUGGAAAAGGGAGCAAUGUCUCUUUCUUUCCCAAAGCCAAGCCCCACGUCUCUCUCUCUCCUCUGCAAAGAAUGAAUGACAAGUUACUGUUAGGCCCGAAGUUUCCACUAAGAGGGUUUCUCCACACCUCCUUUCUCUGCCCCCUCCUCUUGCCUGGACUCUAUUCUCUGUUUCUGAGGGGAUCCCCGUUUCCAAAUACUUUUCCUUCACUGUCCCAAAUGAACCCGCGUAAGUCAAUACCCUCUGCUACAAAAUUGCACUUCCGCCUACGCCAUCAACACUCAUUUUCUGAGACAAACUGAGCGCAUCUAGUUGGUUGAAUCACGGGACAAUGCCACGUGUUUUAUGGACAGUGUGGGUCUUGGGGGCUGCAAUCAGCCUGUUGGAGAAAGGGGCCCUUGACCAGGCUUCUUCUGUGAAUUGCGACUCCACUGGUGUCUGCGAUGGCCACUCCAAAUCUUUAAACUUCAUCCCCUCAGGGCUCCCAGCAACUGUGAAAAGCCUUGACCUAUCCAACAACAAGAUCACCUAUGUCAGCAGCAGUGACCUGCGGGCCUGUGUGAACCUCCAGGCUCUGAGGCUGGGGUCCAACAGAAUUAACGCAAUACAGGAAGAUUCUUUUCUCUCCCUGGGGAGUCUCGAACACUUGGAUUUAUCCUAUAAUCACUUAAAUAAUUUAUCAUCCUCCUGGUUCAGGCCUCUUUCUUCCUUGAAAUUCUUAAACUUACUGGGAAAUCCUUACAAAACACUUGGGAAAACAUCUCUUUUUUCUCAUCUCACCAAUUUGCGAAUCUUGAAAGUAGGAAAUAAUUACUUCACUGAGAUUCGGGAAAAGGAUUUUGCUGGGCUAACUUUUCUUCAGGAACUUGAGAUUGAUGCUUCAAAUCUUCAGAGGUAUGAGCCAAAGAGUUUGAAGUCAAUUCAGAAUGUCAGUUGUCUGAUCCUCCAUAUUAAGCAGCCUGUUUUCCUCCAGAAAAUUUUUGUAGAUAUUUUAAGUUCCUUGGAAUAUUUGGAACUGAUAGAUACUCAUUUGAACACUUUCCAUUUUUCAGAAGUAUCCAUCAAUAAAACCAACACACUGAUUAAAAAGUUUACAUUUAGAAAUGUGGAAAUCACGGAUGAAGGUUUUAAUGAACUUGUGAAACUGUUGCCUUAUGCUUCUGAAGCGUUAGACGUGGAGUUUGAAGACUGUACCCUUAAUGGAAUUGGCGAUUUUGACAUAUCCGUUAGGGAUACAAUUAAAGAUUUACGUAAAGUAGAGACAUUAAUAAUACGGAGGUUAUAUAUUCCACAUUUUUACUCAUUUUAUGAUCUGAGUAAUUUAUAUUCAUUUAUAGGAAAUGUUAAAAGAAUCAUAAUAGAAAGCAGUAAGGUUUUUCUAGUUCCUUGUUCCCUUUCACAACAUUUAAAAUCAUUAGAAUAUUUGGAUCUCAGUGACAAUUUAAUGUUUGAAAACUUUUUGACAAACUCAGCCUGCGAGCAUGCCUGGCCCUCCCUACAAACCUUAAUUUUAAAGCAAAAUCACUUGACAUCAUUAGAAAAAAUCGGAGAAACUUUGCUUACUCUGAAAAACCUGACUAACCUUGAUAUCAGUAAGAAUAAUUUUCAUCCUAUCCCUAAAACUUGUCAGUGGCCAGGAAAGAUGAAAUAUUUGAACUUAUCCAAUACAAGAAUACACAGUUUAACCCGUUGCAUUCCCCAGACACUGGAGUUUUUAGAUAUUAGCAAUAACAAUCUUGAUUCAUUUUCUCUGAUUAUGCCACAUCUCAAAGAACUUAAUAUUUCCAGAAAUAAGUUGAAGACUCUACCAGAUGCCUCCUUCUUACCCAUGUUACUAGUCAUGAGAAUCAGCGGAAAUACAAUAAAUACUUUCUCUCAGGAGCAGCUCGAUUCUUUUAAAAAACUGAAGACUUUGGAAGCUGGGGGCAACAAUUUCAUUUGCUCCUGUGAAUUCCUGCGUUUCACGCAGGAGCAGCAGGCACUGGCCCAGAUCCUGAUCGACUGGCCGGGAAACUACCUCUGUGACUCUCCGUCCCACGUGCGGGGCCACCGUGUUCAGGACACUCACCUCUCCAUUUCCGAGUGCCACAGAACAGCUCUAGUGUCUGCCUUGUGCUGUGCCCUUUUCCUGUUUAUCCUGCUCACUGUAGUUCUGUGCCACCAUUUCCAUGGAUUGUGGUACAUGAAAAUGAUGUGGGCCUGGCUCCAGGCCAAGAGGAAGCCCAAGAAAGCUCCCCACAGGGACAUCUGUUAUGACGCCUUCGUGUCUUACAGUGAACGAGAUUCCCACUGGGUGGAGAACCUGAUGGUCCAGGAGCUGGAGCACUUCGACCCUCCCUUCAAGCUGUGUCUUCACAAGCGAGACUUCGUUCCUGGCAAGUGGAUUAUUGACAAUAUCAUUGACUCCAUCGAAAAGAGCCACAAAACUGUCUUUGUGCUUUCUGAAAACUUUGUGAAGAGUGAGUGGUGCAAGUAUGAACUGGACUUCUCCCAUUUUCGUCUCUUUGAUGAGAACAACGAUGCUGCCAUUCUCAUUCUUCUGGAGCCUAUUGAGAAAAAGACGAUUCCCCAGCGUUUCUGUAAGCUACGGAAGAUGAUGAACACCAAGACCUACCUGGAGUGGCCCACCGACGAAGCUCAGCAGGAGGGGUUUUGGUUAAAUUUGAGAACUGCAAUAAAGUCCUAAGCUCCUUCAUUAAAGGCCAGUCUUGGUCUGCUGGUGGUCUUUGUAUCAGUAGUUGUAUUUCAGUCCAUUGUGCCACAAUUGUAUGGAAACCGCAUGAAUGUACUGUCAUUUGAGGACUUGUUUUACUAAAACUACUAAACUGUG